CUUGGCACAGUUUACGAUCAUUCCGUCGCAAAUUACAUACCCGCGAGAAAGAGGAAAGCGCAAUAUCUCCUAUCAUUUCCACACGGCACGAAAGAGGCUUCGGUGCGUGAUUCAGCACCAAGAUUGAAUAUCAAACGUUAAAACUGAACAUUCGAGAUUGAACCGUCGUCAGAGGCACAAGUUAAUUAGCGAGUUCCUCGAGAAAAUGGUUAAGGCAGUCUGUGUACUCGAGGGGGAAGUCAAGGGAACGAUUUUCUUCGAGCAGGAGAAUGACUCGGCACCCGUCAAGGUCACCGGCGAAGUGACCGGUCUCGCCAAGGGUCAACAUGGCUUCCACAUUCACGAGUUCGGAGACAACACAAAUGGAUGCACAAGUGCUGGACCUCACUUCAACCCUCUUGGGAAAGAGCACGGGGGUCCAACCGAUGCAGUGCGUCAUGUAGGCGACUUGGGUAACGUUGAGGCUGGUGCUGACGGUGUUGCCAAGGUCAGCAUCUCAGACAAACAGAUCCAGCUCCAGGGGGCUCACAAUAUCAUUGGGAGAACCCUCGUGGUUCAUGCUGACAUUGACGACUUGGGAAAGGGUGGCCACGAGCUCUCCAAGACCACUGGCAACGCUGGAGCUCGUCUCGCCUGUGGUGUUAUCGGCAUCACCAAGUAAAUGAUCAAACAAACAACAAUAAUCUCACAAAGAACAAAAAAAAAUUGAUCAGUUGAAGUUAAUCACUACUCCCCAAGUAGUGAAUUAAAAAAUAAUCUAUCAUUCCUAAAAGCGUACUGUAUUAUCAAUACAUUUGAUGUAUGUUUA